CAGAUUAAGAGAUUAGGAUGUUUAUGUAGAUGACUUUAUAACCUGGAUUGAGGGAGAGGGAUUUCUCCUGCAGUUUUCAGGGGUGGAAGACUGGUCCUUGUAAGACGCGACAAUGCCGGGGGUGAUAAAUAUGGACGAGUUGACAGACGUGGAUAAGGCUAAAAUGGAAAGAGACCAAAAGAAGAUUGAAGUCAAGCUUGAGAGAUGGCUGACGUCUAAGUGCUGUACUGAGUUUAUGGAGGCCGUUCAGGCCGGUGUAGAAGAGGACACCCUGGUCAAAGGUAUUGCAGAGGACAAGAACCCAUUCAAGGAGUUGAAAGGUGGAUGUGUCGUCUGCUGAAGAGGACAGGAAGAACAGAUUAGACCCCCUCUAGUGCCCAAGGAUAUUCCCCCUACCCAGGAAACAUUGCUGGAUCACCAUUAGCCAACCAAGAACAAAAAACAAAAAAAAUGAAUUUAAAUUUCUGAAUAUAUACAAACCUCAUGAACCCAUGUAAAUUCAUCUCCCUGAAUUGAUGCAGUAAAUAAGAGUAGUUUUUGGCAAUGAUUGUCAGAGCUUUGUUGGAUGGUUUAUUUGUCAGUAAAGUGCUUGUCUCCCAUCUGUUUCAUUAUUAGAUGAAACCAAAGUCAUUAAAUGAGCUUGUUUACAA